AUGUGUAUCGUUCUUAUCACGACUGCACACCCGAAAUAUGCUCUUAUAGCUAUCGACAACCGGGACGAGUACAUUCUCAGACCUACCAGCCGGCCUCACUGGUGGACACAUCAACCCUCCGGCCAGGAGAUACUGUCAGCGCGAGACUUGUAUCGUCGCGAGCGAGGAACAUGGCUGGGAGUCACCAAGAGCGGACGUUUCGCCGUGUUGACGAAUUACCGGGAGUCGAGUGAAGAUGACCCGGACCCGGAUCACGCCAUCUCCGGUGUCAAAAGCCGGGGCGGUAUGGUGACUGGUUGGUUAGGUGCUCCACCCGAGCUUAGCCUUGACGAUUUCGUUCAUUCCAUGUUGGAAGGUCGUGCUGCCAAGGGUGUCGGCGGCUUUUCGCUUGUCUGCGGCGAUCUCAAGCAGAGGACGGAGAAGAACAUCAAACCGCUGGCUAUCAUCUCCAAUCGAUGGGACCACGUCGGCGAGGUCCCGUGGAUAGGCGGAGAACGCGGACAGACAUAUGGGCUUAGCAAUGCUGUUUACGUCGAGCCCCCUAAAUGGGAAAAGAUCAAAAUCGGAGAGAAGCUGAUGGUAGAGGCAAUACAAGAAGCAGUCGAUGAGGAUUUAGGCGAAGAAGAAUUGACGGAGCGACUCUUCAAGGUUCUGGACCAUGAUACUUUACCCCUAGAACCGAAGAUGAGCUUCCAGGAACACAUGGACGCGCUUCGGAGGUCAGUUUUCAUCCGAAGUUUUGCAGAGGAUCAAGGUUGGAGGGAAAUGGCCGAUGCUGCCGAUGAAGGAAGGGCGAAAGCUGCUUUUGACGAGAUUGAGGAUCCUAGCGACCCAGAAGACCAACAGAAAGAGAAUUCGCAUGGAUAUUUCAUGAAAGGUGCUUAUGGCACCCAGAGACAGACCAUCAUCCUUUUAGAUUGGGAGGGGAAUGUUACAUAUAAAGAACGGGCGUUAUGGGAUUCGCACGGAAACCCAAUUGAAAGGGGAAAAGGAGAUGAGACGUUCAAAUACAGGAUAGAAUCCUAA